AUGUUGGGAUAUGAGUACAGCUUUCAUAGCCUAAUCAGUGUAAGCUAUUCUCAGGUUCUUGGUGGAAAAAAGAAAACAAAUUCCUUAAAUCUCUCACCUGUGUCUGUCCGACGCUUCAAUAGUUUCAGUUUACUGAAGAACAAACCUAUCGUUGACAAUGUUCCAAGUGAGACAGAUGCUACCUGGCAUGAAUACACCUGCCCAGGGGGAUCCAAAAAUUUGUCCAUAAAUAUCAGAUUGUUACCAAAAGAAGUUUCCUUUGACAGCAUUUUUGGUUUCAACAACACUGGAAAUGUCUGUAUUUGGCCAUCUGAAGAAGUUCUUGCAUAUUAUUGUCUGAAACACAGCAAUAUGUUCAGUGGCAAAAGAAUCUGUGAACUUGGUGGUGGAAUGACCUGCCUUGCUGGAAUCUGUGUGGCUGCGGCCAGCAAUGCAACUCAUGUUCAGCUGACUGAUGGGAACGAAAAUUCUGUUAAAAAUGUCCAUCACAUAGUAAAACAUAAUCGAGCCAGGAAUAUAUUUGGGAAUACAGACAUCCAUGCUCGGUGUUUGCGGUGGGGUACUGACCUGGACAGCUGUAAACAUCUAGAGAAAUUUGACUACAUACUAAGUGCUGAUUGUUUAUUUUUUGAAGAAGGUCGAAUGGACUUGAUUGAUACAAUUGACUUCUUGUUAAAACCUGGUGGUGAAGCUCUUGUUUUUGCUCCAACCAGAAAAAACAGUUUUAAUGAAUUUCUCCAAUUAGCGUCUUCAGUAUUUUUUUGUUCUGUUGUUGAAAAGUAUGAUGAUGUUGUUUGGAAGAGUCACCUUGAGAUGCUUUCCCAAUCUUCUGGUGUCUAUGAAAAGGAUCUUCACUACCCAAUGCUGUUAUUGUUGCAGAAGACAGAAGCGCCCACCGAAUGA